AUGGUGGAGGAGAAUUGUGAGGCGGUGGAUACCGCGAAGACCUAUCCCCUCAUCAUUCGAGGUGGGCGUCAAAUAGCCAAGGUAUCCUCACUGCCCAAUUCCAGAACCCUCCAUAGCCUCAUUGACCAUCUCAGAGGUAAUCAAACCGAUCCUUACAAUGUAAUUCUGCAUUCUAAAGAUGCGGAAACAACAGUCGAGGAGCCUUGUAAACCCGCCAAUAAUACGCCGGAGCAAGAGAACAAUACCCCUCCCUGUGACCUAGAUCUUCUGAAGUAUGAGAGUACAGUCUUAGAUUCCACUCCUUCUGUCUACAUCACCAACGAUCCCUGUCCUCAUUGCGCCAUUCAAGGUCUGGGCAUCAGCGCACGGGACGCACGGAUCAACUACCAACUUGGUGAUGCAACCAAGGGGCCCAUCGUAAGCCCCUUCGUGGCAGAUUUACGCUGUGGAUGUGAAUUUCCCUGCAAACUAAAGUGUUUCCUCACUGAUCCAGAGGGGUGGCCAUUAAAACGACUGAUAAAGCUUACCGCCUGUCUGUCCGACCUCACCUCUGCAUGUGCCCAAGUGUCAACGAAGAAGGUGCGAGUGCUGCUUCGACUUAACGACCAUCUUAGAAAGGAGGAAAAUCUGCGAGGAUGGGUUCUAAUUGUUGAGGGCAAGACGCAAGAAGCCGUCUAUUCAGUGCUCCGAUUUAUUGAAAAAAAAUUGAUCGCUGAGAAGAUAGUGGAGUUGGUCGGGAGCACGAGGGUGUGA